CCCACUCACUUCUGUACUACUACUUCACUCACGCCACUCCCUCUUAACUGCUCGCAGUCUUCGCACGGUCAGACGGCGACUACUCGUCGUUAGACGCCGGCGCGACCACCGUCAAUCUUCAUCCUCCAUGGCGCCGCGGCGGCGCACGCCUUCUGCCCCCCACUUAGUUCUUUCAGAUCCUCCCCCGCGGUCCCGGUGCCCACGGAGUCGCUGGGCGCUGCGACCGAUUGCCUGCCGCAGCCGCUUGGCCGGCCGACCACCCCGGUCGCGAGCAUCGGCAGCGCGCCUCGGAACCGUCGCUGCCCACGGAUGGCCGGCGGUCUCGGAGCUGAUGGGUAACCGCCGCCGCGCGGCGAGCGCCUGCCUGCGCUGGGAUGCCACCAGGGUUUGCCGUACGGAACUGGCGUGGCCCGCCGCUGAGCGACAGUCCACGACCGGGCUGGCCGGCCGGCCGCUUCCCCGUCGGAGCUUUCUUGAUAUUUAGGUCUUUCCAAGGCGAAAAUGAUUGAGCAUGGGGUGGCAUACAGUGAUGGGCAUGACCCAGACAGGAAAUCAUUUUACAUUACCAUACCCAAUCUCGAUGUCCAGACUCCCACAUCGUUUUUCGCAGUGUACAAUGGCAGUGAAGCUUCUGGGAAAUUUUGCACAACAAAUAUUCACCAGGAGCUCCACAAACAUCAAGAGUUUGACACUAACUUGCGUCAGGCUUUGGAAGACACCUUGUACAGGAUUGACAGGCAAAUGAAAAUUACCUCAGCUGUGUAUGGCUGUGAGCACAUUGAUGAUCCUUCGGUUUAUAAGCAUUCAGGCUCUCUUCCGGUUAAGGAAAUCCCAUUCUGUGGAGGCAUUAGUGCAUCGAUAGCUCUGAUUAGAGGCGCAGAUAGCAUAAUUGCUACCAUUGGAUCCGCUCUAUGUUUCAUUUCAAAAGAUGGGAAGCCCAACCGUCUAGGCACUGGAAGCAACCGUGAAGAUAAUGUGAAGAAGAAUUGUGAUUCUGCUGACAAAUUUCCUCAUAUUCUCAUGGAAUCUAUGAAAGAUGCUGAUUUUGUGAUGAUGGCUUCUGGUUCUUUGAUGGAUCUAAUGCCAGUCCAACAACUUACUGAUUUUGUGACUGAGAGAAUAAACCUGAGGGUGAAUAUGGAUACAGUUUGCAAUGAUCUUCUUCACCACUGUGCAUCUGAAAUGGCUGACAAAGUGUCAAGCGACACAUGUGUUUUGAUACUUCGUUCGAAAGACCGAGAGGGAGAUGCUAAGGAAAAGACUGAUGGUGAUGCCGCUGUGCCCACAGAAAAGGAACAGGAUGACACUGAAGAAGGCUCAGAACUGGAAAUCGGAAAGUCCUAUUCAUGCUCCAAAAGCAGAUUUAUGCACGCGUUCGGGCCUUGAGAGCUGAAGUUGCUGAGAUUACAGGGAUAUCAUCCGCCACAGCUCCAACAGACACUGAAAACAAGAUCAAGCUUAAGAUUUGCUCAAUCAGAGCUCUUCUUUGACUGGGAGGUGAAAUGGCUGACAUCAUGAGGAGGUUAGAUCUGUGUCCCUUGAGAGAAGGAACCGUUCUCCGAUCACCUAUCCAUGGAUUCUCCAUCAACGACGCUGAUAUCUCUAGCGGUGCUGAUGACACAUCGAUUUUCAAAUUCAAUGAAUGCUUGCUGGUUGCUACAAGCUUGAUAGCUGAGACAUCCUGUGACAUCAAUGAAGACUUCAAUGAAGCAUUGUACCUGAGCUGUCGACAGAAGAUUGGUUCAACUGAGAUGAUAUUUGCUCUAUUGACUACGAAAAAGAACUUAUCUGAAGAAACUCAAGGGUGGAAAGAAAAGAUCCGUCAGCCCCUCCUGGACCUCCAGAAGCAAAUUUAUGCACGCGUUCGGGCCUUGAGAGCUGAAGUUGCCGAGAUUGCAGGGAUAUCAUCCGCCGCAGCUCCAACAGACACUGAAAACAAGAUCAAGCUUAAGAUUUGCUCAAUCAGAGCUCUUCGACUGGGAGGUGAAAUGGCUGACAUCAUGAGGAGGUUAGAUCUGUGUCCCCUGAGAGAAGGAACCGUUCUCCGAUCACCUAUCCAUGGAUUCUCCAUCGACGACGCUGAUAUCUCUAGCGGUGCUGAUGACACAUCGAUUUUCAAAUUCAAUGAAUGCUUGCUGGUUGCUACAAGCUUGAUAGCUGAGACAUCCUGUGACAUCAAUGAAGACUUCAAUGAAGCAUUGUACCUGAGCUGUCGACAGAAGAUUGGUUCAACUGAAAUGAUAUUUGCUCUGUUGACUACGAAAAAGAACUUAUCUGAAGAAACUCAAGGGUGGAAAGAAAAGAUCCGUCAGCCCCUCCUGGACCUCCAGAAGCAAAUUUAUGCACGCGUUCGGGCCUUGAGAGCUGAAGUUGCUGAGAUUGCACGGAUAUCAUCCGCCGCAGCUCCAACAGACACUGAAAACAAGAUCAAGCUUAAGAUUUGCUCAAUCAGAUCUCUUCUUCGACUGGGAGGUGAAAUGGCUGACAUCAUGAGGAGGUUAGAUCUGUGUCCCCUGAGAGAAGGAACCGUUCUCCGAUCACCUAUCCAUGGAUUCUCCAUUGAUGAUGUUUGAGCCGGACUGCAGAAACCAAGGGAAUGAGAACUUGGUCGCAGCGCGAGCACAUGAUUUCUUGAACAGAAUGAAAGGUUGUACAGCGACUGUUUGUAGGAUCGGAGGAGCCUUGGUGCUACCGCUGAUGAGAAGAUGCUGAAAAGUGGAUGAGUUGUAGUUCUUAGAUAUGAGUAAGAAUAGGUGUGGCUGACCCGUGUAUAAGGAGACUGAUGUUUCCCUGUUUUUGUUCCUUGGGGAGUCUGUUUAGCUCGGCAAGCUUGUUUUGCUGCGGCCUGCGGGCAUGUUGUUUUGGGCUUAUAGUUUUUCCUUCCAAGAA